AUGGCUUUUAUUCCGACUCCCGAUCGAGAGACUCCAAUUUAUUUGGAUAUACUCGAUGAUGAACACCGGAACGUGCUUGACAGAGCUGUGCGGAAUGUGUUAAGCACUGAGGUAGCCGAGUUCGUCUACGCCCAGAUUCUUGAUGGACUUCCCACCGAAAAGUCUCUGAGAGACAGCUCUGACUAUGUGAAAGAUCACCCCGUUCAUAGACUUCAGCAUGCAGAAAUCUGUCCCGGAUUUGUAGACAAAGCCCGCGAGUUCAGAAAUCAGUUUGACCUAUCGCAACUAGGGCUAGACUUGAAGACAAUUCAAGCCUUCGCAGAUACAGUGCCUGGCUCAGAAGUGUUCAACCUUCGGCUGAUCGAAAUCGUUGCCGUCGCUUGUCAUCAGAUCGGCGCUUUUCUCUUUAACCUCGAUGAUGGUGCUCACAAGCACAAAGUGUAUGAAGAUUGGAGACAAAGCGUCCUAGAAGAAAAGGAACGCGGGGUUGAGUCAAGGCGAUACUACGAUCCUCCUCCCAUCGCCUUUUGUCAUCGAGCAUAUCGAUAUCCUGAGCAAUAUCCAAAAGGUACGGCCGAUGUUGCUGGAUAUUGGGCUGAGUCCAAGAUCCUCGGUGGCGUUGUUGUAUUCGAUCGUGGCGAGACUGAACAAGAGGUAUGGUUCUCUGAUCCCCAUCAUGAAACCCAAAAGCUGAUGACCACUGCACCUGGGACAGUGCAAUGCUAUGUGGAUCCAUGGCGACUUGAUCAGAGGCCCAAGAACUCUUUAUCCACCGACCCAGGAACAAUUCGACGCCUUGAUCAGAUUCCUCACUAUUCCAUUCGAAGAAAGCGCAACAUGUCCGUUUCCUAUCCAUGGAUCAAGCGUUAA